UGUGUAUCGUAACAAGAUAAGGCCUUGAAAAUUUAGAACCCAAUUAUAUGUAAAUACAUAAACUAACAAGAAGAGGUCGUCACGCACGCCAAAGAGGAAACACCCCUGCAGUAAACCGACAGCAGCUGCUGCCAACUGACAUGAUCAAAAUUCUGCAAACGGGCACACACACACUUGCGCGUACGGCCGUAGUUCCGAAAAACAAAAACGACGGCUCAUCAUUGUAUGUUCGUCAGGCCACCUCACCAGAGGUAGAAAAGAUCGGCUCGUCCAGUGUUCGGGUGCAAAAACCCCCCCGUUGCAAAAAUUAUCUGGCUGCAGGGACGCGACCGCCGGAAUACAAGGAAAUUCUCCACAAAACCAGGAGGUUCAAUAAAGUCAAUCAAGGUCGAGUUCGGACUGGCGGCACGUGGCAUCGAUCACGUCACCAGAAAAAGGAAGCCAUCGUCCAUCCAGGGGGCGGAACCCUUCGGAAAUCUCGGGUGAGGAAAUCGAAGAUCAAUCUGAAGACACACUUGGCAACCAUCCGCACGUGGCACAAGCCGGGCAACCCACAAGGAAGUGAGGUUAGGAACACGCGAUUCGGGCAAAUUCAACGGUGUCUCGGAUCUGGGCGACCCAAUAGGACCGUUCACCGGAUCGUGAGCGUAACGGCAGACGGGAAAAGGCCUUCCGAAGGAAGGCCUUUAUUUGCAGAUUUUCAUCUCCAGACGGGAGCCACACCGAUCGGAACAGUCGGCGGUGGAGAACCAAGCUCCGAGGACUGGCUUCUCGGGCGGAGAGGGCCUUCCAGCACACCAGAGGGCGUGCCACGUGGACGCGGCGACGGAAGCGGCAAGACCCGUGGAGAAACGGCCACCGGCAAGGCGGCCAAUCCGACAGAAGAAAAACGCAGUCCGAUUCGGAGAUCCGGAAGAUCGGAGGACGACCGAAGGUGGCGAUUAAGAUCCGGCGCCGCGAGCACUGCAGCCCAGAAGCAGGAUGUGGGAUACGGAAUGCGGGGUGGCGUGGCGAUCAUGUCCAAGGGUGCACCCGAGUAG